AUGAAAGGGAAUAUACCAAACAAAGCCCUUUUGAGAGAUCGCUUUGGAAACUUUUGGCAGGUUGAGCUAGGUCAUGAGGAGGAGAAAACAUACUUUCUUGGAGGCUGGACAAGAUUUGUCAAGCAAAACUACUUGGAAAUGGGUGAUAUGCUAGUGUUUAAGUAUGAUGGCAUCCGUAUUUUCGACGUGAAAAUAUUUGGAUCAGAUUCCUGUGAUAAGAGAGGAGUUGGAAAGCUUAUCUACAAAAUCAAGGAAGAGGUUGAAGAGGAAGAACCAUUAGGUGUCGUUGGGGAAAAAUGUGAUCAUGUCCAUGAAGAAUACCCUGAAUCUGAUGAAGCAGGAGAAAAGGAAGUUCAACCUGACAAAGAUGACAAAGAUGAAACGUCAGAGGUAGAGAUUAUGGAAAAAAUCAACCAACCUGUGUCAAGUCAGUCCGCCGAAGGAGCAAAAGGAGAUCCUCACCUUCAGCGCACGAGGAUACAAAUCGAUCCUUUUGGCAUGGAUAUUUUCAAAUCUGGAAAGGUUCCCAAACCGAAGAAUCCAUAUUUCUUUACAAAAGUGAAUAAGAGGAGGCAGAGCGAAUUGUUUGUUCCAACUAAAAUUAUCAAUACCUACGACCUUCAACUUCCAAAAGAGACCUUGCUGCUUGAUUCUCGAGGAAGGGAGUGGAAGACGACUCUUACCAUUUGGAGGGAUGGGCGUUCUUAUUAUAACGGUGGAUGGAAGGAGCUUUGUAAGGCGAAUCUGAUUGGAGAUAAUGAGCAUUGCAUAUGUGAAUUUGUGACGUGUGAACAGAGGGGCCUUUAUAUACGUGUGCAUGUCGCGCCACCUCAAGAGAAAAUGGAAGACAUUCACCGCCCCUGA